AUGGGGCCGCCUUCCAGCUCUGGCUUCUACGUGAGCCGCACGGUGGCCCUGGGGCUGGCCGCGCUGGUGGGGGGGCCGCCGCUGGACGUCGAGCGCGCAGAGGUGCUGGGCCCUCUGUCCCCGGGCCCCCGCGCCGCCGCCGUGGGCCACGUGCCCGUGGACGACGUGUGGUUCACGCUGGACACGCAGUACUUGGUGCUGGAGCUGGGCGAGGCGCUGCGGCCCCGGAGCCGCUACGAGCUGCGGCUCAGCUUCUCCGGCCAGCUGUACCAGGACACCCGGGAGGGGCCCUUCCUCAACGUCUACACCGACCAGGGCGAGCGCAGAGUCCUGUUAGCAUCCCAGCUGGAACCAACAUUCGCCAGGAAUGUCUUUCCUUGUUUCGAUGAGCCGGCUCUGAAGGCGACCUUCACUAUUACCCUCAUUCACCACCCGCACUAUGUGGCUCUCUCCAACAUGCCAGUGCUGCGCCAGUCUGUAAAAGAAGAUGUGAACGGAAGCAAGUGGACUGCCACGACCUUUGACACCACGCCGCGGAUGCCAACUUACCUAGCUGCGUUUGCUCUCUGUGACUUUGACCAGGUCAACAGGACAGAAAGAGGCAAGGAGAUACGCAUCUGGGCCCGGAAAGAUGCCAUUGCAAAUGGAGAUGCAGACUAUGCUUUGAACGCCGCAGGUCCCAUCUUCUCUUUUCUGGAGGACUUAUUAAAUAUCAGUUACCCUCUUCCCAAAACAGAUAUAAUUGCCUUGCCUUAUUUUGACAACCACGCAAUGGAAAAUUGGGGACUAAUGAUCUUCGAUGAAUCGGUAUUGCUGCUGCAACCGAACGACCGGCUGACGGAGAAGCGCACUAUGAUCUCCUUCAUUGUCUCCCACGAGAUCAUACACCAGGCAUGUGGUAAAACGUCCCUUCUUACUUCACACGAAGAUGUUCUCCAGCUUCUCUACCACAAUAGAAAAGAAGAGAAAACUCUACCACAUUCCAAAUUCAGGAAAAAAAAAAAAAAAGCAAAUAUUACUCAUGGCAAACUGAGUUUCAGAGAGUUGGCUGGGGUUUACGAGUCACACGACUCCUAUGAGGCCGAGGCAGGAUUUAAACCCAGAGAGCUCUACCCCAGAGCUCUCCCCGUGGCAGGGCUGGAGCAGGCUGAGGACAGGAGCAGCUCUGCCGUCUUUUUUUUAAACAUUUUACAUAGUGUCCUCAAAGAAGAUCAUGCCCUAGUAUCUAGAGCUGUGUCCACGACCCUGGAAAAUUUCACAGAAACGAGUGAAAUUAGUGAAGUCUUUGACCUAUUUUCAUACAGCAAGGGAGCAUCCCUUGCCCAGAUGCUUUGUAAUUUCCUCAGCGAGCGUUUAUUUAUCACUGCAAUAAAGUCCUAUUUGGGAACGUUUUCUUACUCGGGUGCUGAGCAGGAUGAUCUGUGGAGACAUUUUCAAAUGGCUGUAGAUGACCAGAGUAAGAUUGUUUUGCCAACAACAGUAAAACGUAUAAUGGACAGUUGGACACACAAGAAUGGUUUUCCAGUGAUCACUUUAAAUGUAUCUACUGGCAUCAUGAAGCAGGAGCCAUUUUACCCCAGAAAGGUUAAAAAUCAGACUCUUCUGACACGCAAUGACACAUGGAUUGUCCCUAUUCUUUGGAUAAAGAAUGGAACUACACAAUCUCUAGUCUGGCUAGAUAAAAGCAGCAAAGUAUUUCCUGAGAUGCAAGUUUCAGAGGCUGACCACGACUGGGUCAUUUUAAACUUGAAUAUGACUGGUUACUAUAGAGUUAAUUAUGAUAAAUUAGGCUGGAAGAAACUGAGUCAACAGCUCGAAAAAGACCCUAAGGCUAUCCCUGUCAUUCACAGGCUGCAGUUGAUCGACGAUGCCUUCUCCUUGUCAAAACACAAUUAUACUGAGAUUGAGACAGCACUUGAUUUAACCAAGUACCUUGCUGAAGAAGAUGAAAUCGUAGUAUGGCAUGUAGUCUUGGUAAACUUGGAAACCAGGGAUCUUGUUUCUGAUGCGCACAGCAAUGAUAUAUACCCAUUAUUAAAGAAGUACCUAUUGAAGAGACUUAGCUCAAUAUGGAAAAUGUAUUCAACCAUAAUUCGUGAAAAUGUAUUGGCAUUGGAAGAUGACUACUUAGCUAUAAUAUCACUAGAAAAAGUUUUUGAAACUGCCUGUUGGUUGGGCCUUGAAGACUGUCUCCAGCUCUCAAGAGAACUCUUCAGAAAAUGGAUGAAUAAUCCAGAGAUUGAAAUACCUUUUCCAAUUAAAAAUGUGGUUUUAUGUUUUGGCAUUGCCUUGGGAAGCGAUAAAGAAUGGGACUUUUUGUUAAGCGUCUACACUAAUGAAACAGAGGCGGGAGAAAGGUACCGGCUUGCGCAUGCACUGGGCUGCAGUAAGGAGCCGUGGAUACUGAACAGAUAUCUGGAGUAUGCCAUUACUACAUUUCCAUUCACCUUCAAUGAAACGAAUGUAAUUGAAGCUGUGGCAGAGUCUGAACUUGGACGAUACGUCGCGAAGGACUUUCUAGUCAACAAUUGGCGAGCUGUGAGUGAAAGGUACGGCGCGCAGUCACUGGUCACCCUAAUGUACAUCAUCGGGAGAGCCGUGACCACAGAUCUGCAGAUCUCAGAGCUGCAGCAAUUUUUCAGUGACAUGUUGGAAGAACACCAGAAGAUCGCAGUUCAAGCCAAAUUACAGACAAUGAAGAAUGAAAAUCUGAAAAACAAAAAGCAAAUUUCCAGGAUAGCUGAGUGGCUACGGAAAAACACGUAGCCUCUGGCUGCUCCCAACACGCGCCGUGCAUAUUAUCAGUUUGCUCAGAGUCUUGCUUCCAGUACUCCGUGAGUCUGUAACGACUCGCUUUGUUCUUUGUGUUUCCGUCACAUUUACUGCUCGGCGUCCUCUUCCCAUGUCGCCACUUUGGGCCUGUGGCUCAAUGAUAGCCGUGGAUUUGCCAAUUAUUGCUAUAUUUCUUGGGAAGAUUUCACUUCAUGUUGGGCUAUUAACCCACAGAAUUUACCCUAAAUGCCUGGUAAAAACAAAUUUACUUAAGAAGGUCUUGACUGUUCUGUGAAAGCCAGUGGGGUAUUGAAUCAUCGGCCUUAACAAAAAGCACAUUCUUCACUGAGGGAAAUAGGGUUUUGCAAUACUCUAGGGUUUAUUUGGUUGUGUUGAAACAAGUAAUGAGAAAAUAACAUGACAGUAUAACAAAACAGAAACCAGAAAAAAUAACAUUCACUGGAGGUCAGAAAAGCAAAAUUUUAAAAGGAAGAGCAGGGCUGCCCCCAUAGCACAGUACUUAAGGGAGCUGGAUCCCACAUGGCUGCCUGUGGUUCAAAUCCUGCAUGCUGUGGCUUGGGAAA